AGCACGUAGCAGCUCAUGAAGAGUAGCAAGUGGCCAAAUCAUGUUGUCGAUACAUCAAGAGAUAUGCACUACCAGAAACCGGGAGCAAGCCACAGAGCCACCAGGCAACAGGACGGUGGUUGUCUCUAGAGGGGAGAAAAAGAAAGUAGGGGGAACACGGAUACCGUGUUCAAACUAUUAAAAAUAUAUUGUUUCUAAAAAGUACAUGUAUGGGUGCUUAUGUUAUUAUCUUUAAAAAAAUAAAAUUGUGAAAGUCAUUUGCUAAGAGUGGGAAUAAAGAACAACCAAACCUAGUCCCGAAUUUAAUUCCCCCAAACCAUGUGACCUUCAAAGGUUUAAUACAGAAGUUGUGUUAAGUCUGACAGCUUCAGUGCCCCACUGUUGACUUGACAUAAGAUGUGGCAAAGGUUUCCAUACCAUUCUGUAUUUCCACAAUCCGCAUGUAUGGGCUAGAUCCCUGUCAGAACUCCCACAGAUACAUUACUCCCACAAAUACUUUAGCAGCGAUUAUAAAUUACACCUGGCUACUUCGAACUGUUCCGGACCAGAAGAGAAACCACACAAACAAGUCAGUUUCAUCCUGCGUUGUUCCCCUGGCAACCAUAUUAAACUGCGAGGAUAAAGAGCCUUUGUCGUAGCUGCUUCUAUUGAAUUACAAUGUAAAUGUUGAUGCUUGCCUAGAAAUGUCAGCCGGCGACAGGCUUAUAGAACAGAUGCAGUAGUUGUUCGGCAGCGCAGGAAUCCCAGGCUGCGGAGUGAUGCAAGAGGCGCGCCCGGGCCAUCUUAAGAGUCUAUUCAACCGAAUCUCCUUUCUCCAUCAAAGCCUUGCCGCACUCCAUAGAUCCAGCUCGGGAAAGGUCGCUGACUAUUUGAAAACUGAAAACGACCUGCUAUCUUCUAUGCAUCAGGGCACGAGAAGAGUUUGUUGUGGAUAAGAAUGUCAACAAUGCAAUUACGCAAGAGACCCGGCAAUCUGUUUCUUUCCCACUCCUAGCAUAGCGUAACUCUAGUUCCCUGACUCUUCUGCCCGUCACACAGUUCUCGUCCAGCGGGUGUCAAGUGGCAGGUGGUGAACCGGCCAUUUGGUUCCGGGUGGCUUGUUGGUUUCUGGGUUCAGCCCUCGGUCGUCCUUCGGUUUGACCCACAGUACCUAGUGUCUGCAGGUGGUGCUCCCCACUCCUUCUCUCCCACCACCUCUACCCCAGCCCCUAGUCAGGGAAGAAAGUCGAGAGUGGGUAGAAGUCAGCUCGCAGAGUCUCCAGCGUGCCACCGCUCCACUCAGGUAAACUUCGCAGUGAGUGACCUGCACUUGGAGAAGGGCCUUACCUGAGCGCGCCUCUGCCAAUGGCAGCUCACCUGAGGCAGCUCCGCAGCCAAUCACCGCGCAGCUCGGCCCUCGGGCUUGUACCCUUUAGUGAAAGAAUUCAGCGCCGUGCGAGAAAGUUACCUGUGGCCGCCCAAGUCCGCCACUUUGCGCUCUGUGUCUGCCCCUUGCCGCGAUCCGGGAGGACUCCGCGCCGCCGGGCCGCCUCCGAGCGCGGGCCCCAUGUGAGGGCUCCCCCCCCCCCCAUCCCACCUUUCCGGCUAGGUGAGGGCGCGAGCGAGCGGGCGAGCGAGAGUGGUGAGGGGGGACGAAAGCAGAAUUACCUGUAGCUCUUGUUCUGCCAUCUCGGGCGCUCUCACACACCUUCACCUGCACAGACUUGAAAGUCCAGUUUCACCAGAGGCUGAGGCUCCAGGAAAAGGGGAGCGAGUUCAUUGGAUCAAACAUGUCACAAGAGUCGGACAAUAAUAAAAGACUAGUGGCCUUAGUGCCCAUGCCCAGUGACCCUCCCUUCAACACCCGACGAGCCUACACUAGUGAGGAUGAGGCCUGGAAGUCGUAUCUGGAGAACCCCCUGACAGCGGCCACCAAGGCAAUGAUGAGCAUCAACGGAGAUGAGGACAGUGCUGCUGCCCUGGGCCUUCUCUACGACUACUACAAGGUUCCUCGAGACAAGAGACUUCUGUCUGUGAGCAAAGCAAGUGAUAGCCAAGAAGACCAGGAUAAAAGAAACUGCCUUGGCACCAGUGAAGGCCAGAUCAAUUUGAGCGGAGGCGAGAACCGAGUGCAGGUUCUGAAGACUGUCCCAGUGAACCUUUGCCUAAGUCAAGACCACAUGGAGAAUUCCAAGCGCGAGCAGUACAGCGUGUCCAUCACCGAGAGCCCGGCCGUCAUCCCCGUGUCAGGCAUCACGGUGGUGAAAGCCGAGGAUUUCACGCCUGUGUUCAUGACGCCCCCGGUGCACUAUCCCCGUGCGGAUGGCGAGGAGCAGCGCGUGGUUAUCUUUGAACAGACUCAGUACGACCUGCCCAUAGCCAGCCACAGCUCCUAUCUCAAGGACGACCAGCGCAGCACACCUGACAGCACCUACAGUGAGAGCUUCAAGGACAGCACCUCUGAGAAAUUUCGGAGUGCUUCUGUUGGUGCUGACGAGUAUACGUAUGACCAGACGGGGAGUGGUACGUUUCAGUACACCCUGGAAGCCACCAAAUCUCUCCGUCAGAAGCAGGGGGAGGGCCCCAUGACCUACCUCAACAAAGGACAAUUUUAUGCCAUCACACUCAGUGAGACUGGAGACAACAAAUGCUUCCGACACCCCAUCAGCAAAGUCAGGAGUGUGGUGAUGGUGGUCUUUAGUGAAGACAAAAACCGAGAUGAGCAGCUGAAAUACUGGAAAUACUGGCACUCCCGGCAGCACACCGCCAAGCAGAGGGUCCUCGACAUUGCUGAUUACAAGGAGAGUUUCAACACCAUCGGGAACAUUGAAGAGAUAGCGUACAAUGCUGUGUCCUUCACCUGGGAUGUGAAUGAGGAGGCAAAGAUUUUCAUCACCGUGAAUUGCUUGAGUACAGAUUUCUCCUCCCAAAAGGGUGUGAAAGGACUUCCCCUGAUGAUUCAGAUCGACACAUACAGCUAUAACAACCGCAGCAAUAAACCCAUCCACAGAGCAUACUGCCAGAUCAAGGUCUUCUGCGACAAGGGAGCAGAAAGAAAAAUCCGAGAUGAAGAGAGAAAGCAGAACAGGAAGAAAGGGAAGGGCCAGGCUUCCCAAACCCAGUGCAACAACUCCUCUGAUGGGAAGAUGGCCGCCAUACCGUUACAGAAGAAGAGUGACAUCACUUACUUCAAAACUAUGCCCGACCUGCACUCACAGCCUGUGCUCUUCAUACCAGAUGUUCACUUUGCCAACCUGCAGAGGACCGGACAGGUCUAUUACAACACUGAUGAUGAGCGAGAAGGUAGCAGUGUCCUCGUUAAACGGAUGUUCAGGCCCAUGGAAGAGGAGUUCGGUCCAACACCGUCUAAGCAGAUUAAAGAAGAAAACGUAAAACGAGUGCUUUUAUAUGUGAGGAAGGAGAACGAUGACGUGUUCGAUGCUCUGAUGCUGAAAUCACCCACGGUGAAGGGCCUGAUGGAAGCGCUGUCUGAGAAGUACGGGCUGCCGGUGGAGAAAAUCACAAAGCUUUAUAAGAAGAGCAAAAAGGGCAUCCUGGUCAACAUGGAUGACAACAUCAUUGAGCACUAUUCAAAUGAGGACACCUUCAUUCUCAACAUGGAGAGCAUGGUGGAAGGCUUCAAGAUCACACUGAUGGAGAUCUGAGCCCGGAGUCCCCUCGACGGGAAUUUUCGAUGCACUCCUUCCUGGGAGAGAUGGCAUCUCUGCCACCCCAGAAACUGGAGACCCAUCUCACCCACCUCACAAGACUGUUACAAGACUGCUGGGAAGGGGGCGGGGCCCAAGGCCCGGUAACAGACUUCCUUCGACUCUUCCACUUGUUCCCCACGGAGCUGAAGCCUGAGCCCCUCAGCAAAUUUCUUUGAGCCUGGUAGGCCCUUAUUUAUUGCCCAUUUUCCCCCCCAAGAGCCCUCCAGGACUCUCAAAGUUACCGACAGCUCCAUGUGAGACCUCCAGAGUUCCCCUUCAAGGGAAACAGCAAGUCCACUCAUCUCGAGCCUGGGGAACUGAUGUGUCCUCUUUCUUACCUCUCCACGUUUCGUGAGUGGAUGGACCAGACAAGCUGCUGCUUGGUGUAGUCGUCAUGGAUAGGGUAAGAAGGACACCAGUUUACUGGCCCCAAACCUUCAGAUUGCUCUGAGGAAGGUCAUUUUGCUAAAUACCUCCAGGGGACUCUCAGCAGAUAGCCACUGGGCCUUGUAUGGAAGACAUUGUGCUGCCAUGUCAGCGAUAAGGAACACAAGAGUAUACCUGAAGACCAUGUACAUACCUUGUACAUAAUAUUGCAAUAAUAUAUUUUACCUAUGGUUUGUGGGCAUGUUUACUGCCAUUGGCCUGGAGGAGACAUACCUGGAGAUUCAGAGCAUUCUGUUCUAUGUAAGAGGAGGUUAGGAGAGUGGCCUUUGGGAUGUCAUGUGACAGUGAUGGUGAUGAAUGCCAGGAUGGACUCUGCAUUGGGAGGACUUAUUUCCCCCAGAGCCCUCUCUCCUCAAACACCACUCUCCCUUGACGUCAUCAAGUUUUAUCUCACAGUGGUAAGUUGUCUCAGCCAGUCCUUUGAGCUGUCUGGGAAAGGCCAUACUGUCGGUGCCUUCUCUAGCUUUGGUAUGGGGCAUCUCUUGAGCCUUGUGCAAGGUCUCUGCAAAGAUUCGCACUGGGGCCCUGUCACUGGGACCUGCUGCAGAACUGCUUGACUGACAUGGGGAUCCUGGACACUGUAGUGCCUCAUAGUUUACAAGCAUGUCCUUCAUCUCAAGUGGCCCCUUUAAAAACCCAACUGCAGCUUUGUGAAUUGAGCCAGCAGCUCUGCUAGGCUGUGAACAGCAGACAAUGCUUCAGCUUGCUUCUGAUGGGAAGAAGUGAGGCUAUCCACCCUGGCUGUGGAGAGCAUGGGAGCCCUUGCACUUCUGAAACCAACUCUGGGAGGUGUGCUGGAGAGCCAAGGCUGUUUCAUCUUUUCCUUGCCCUUGGAAGAUCAAGAGAAAAUGGCUUACCUGAACAGUCACGAAAGCAUGCCCAUUGUGGGCCUCCAUUCUCUUUUAGAGAACAGGUCAGUAGCUGUUAGGGUUAAGGACUGGUAUGUGCCCUGUCAUUCAGCACUAGUUUGGAUAGCAGGCACAUCCUACCCCAAGGCCUGGAUAAUGGAACAGCUUCUAUGGAAAGGUCUAAAAUUUGUGAAGCACUUUUGAUGUCUUACCUGGAGGCUCUGCUCUCCGGCCCCUGCCUUCUUGCUCUACCUGCCCCCAAGGCCCAGAGCAGCUGAGGCUGACUCCAGCCCAAUUAUUGCUCUUCAAAGCUGCAGAAAAACUGAAUGGGAUGGAGAGGAGGUGCCUGUAACCAAGAGGAUCCCAAAGGAUAGUAGGGGGCACCUUUCUGAGAGCCCACUGGACUCCUUGUCCUUCUUUGUGUUGCCAAAGGUUAGCAUCCUGGGCUCUGCUCUAUUCCAGCCCUGCACUCCAAAUGCCACGCCUUGAAACUAGCAACCUGGGGAUCCUCCGGGGUACUAGCGGGUCUCUGAUCUAAGAUGGACAAACUCAGUGUUGGAAAUACAUGCUCUAUUCGCUUCCUGUGCCAUAGCACUUGGGGCUAGCUGUAAACAUGAUUGGCAGACCUUAGAGGUGGGCUUGGGAUUUCAGAUCAGGGAGACAGAGCUGUAGCAACCGAACAGGCUAUCAGCUCUUCUCUCUAGUCUUUCUGGAAAAUUGCUGGUCUGCUCUGGGACAGAAGACAAGCCAGAGCCAGCUUUCCCUCUGUCCUGAGUCCCUACAAUCCAUGAGAUAGCCAUUGCCAGAACAAGGGAUAGGAAGUCACAAAGGAGCAGUAUAGUGUCAGGUCCAGGAGUGUCUGUUGGUGGAUUUCCAUGCAUCUCAUUUCUCACUGUGUUGGCUGUGAGCAUCAUACCCUGAACAAAAACACUCCAGAAAGAUAGAAAAGUUUGCCUUGUCCUGAAUUAAUCUCAUCCAAACAAAGAACUUUUUUAUUUUUUAGUAAUCUAUAAAAGAUGGGGGACACAUGAAGCAGGUAUUUCGUCCUAUGUCCCCACAUCAUUGAAACUUCCUCAGUGUUUAGAAGUUGGAACCAAUAGAAAAAUACACAGUGGGCUGUCAUCUUGAAAUUGGUUCCUAAAAGACUAAGGCACAUCCCAAUGCAGAAACCUGGGAAGUUUGAAAUGAAUUAAACAUUUAUUGUCCCUCAUAUUUUAACAGUCAUGAAAAUGCAACAGGAAAAGAGGGUUUGUGCCAAAUUCUAAGAAUGGCCCUUUCUGAAGGGGGAGACAAGCAGGGGGAGACUCAUGUGUACAAUCUGCUCCCACAUUAAAAAAAAAAAAAGUAAAUGUAACUUAAUAGUUUUGUAAAUGGGAGAGGGGGAAUCUAUAAACUAUAAAUAUGUUAUUUUAUUUUUUGUACAUUUUUAAG